AUGUAUUCAAGGGAAGAAAAAAAAUCCUCCAUUCACAGGUUAAUUGGGUACAUCCUGCAUGAAAGAGAGCCUUUGUUUUCCCACAAACAAUUGUAUCUUAAUUACAAAGUCAAAACGGCCCAGAAAACAGAAGGGAUUCAGCAACUUCUAAUCGCAGAGAAAAAAGCAACAGAAAGAGUAGUCGAAGCAAGAAAACGAAAAGCUCAGAGAAUCAAAACUGCAAAAAAGGAAGCAGAUUCAGAAAUCCUAGCCUUUAAAAACGAGAAGGGGAAUCACUAUAAACAGUAUGAACAAGAGAUCCUUGGCAAGAAAAGUAACAGUGGGGCACAGAUUCAGGUAGAAACAACUAAAAAGUUUAAAGAGCUGGAUGUCAUGCUGAAACAAAACUGUGCUAAAGCUAUGGACGCUAUUCAACAAAGUCUCAUUAGGAUAGAAGUGCAACUUCAUGAAAAUGUUAAGCUGUAA